UGACGCUGCCCCACAAAUCCGCGGCAAGGCAUUCUGGUAAUUCUGCCUUGUUGGGUACGGCCUUUCUCGGGGGCUCUGUGGUGCAGCCUGCGCUGUGCUCUCUCUUAAUCCGGCCUGCCCCGAGGUCCUGAGACGAUGAACAAGGGCCACUUGGCCACAGCAGUUGAAAUGGGUUUGAGAGGCAGACAAUCGAGCGUUCAUACCAACGCCAUGUGAUUUGGGUUGCCAUGGAGUGUGUUUCGAAGGGUUAAUGGCCUUUUUCUGGUGUGCAAAAUGUGCCACAAAGUAAAGAUUUUCUAGGUCUUUUUUUUUUUGUUUUAAAAGCUGUGUACCUUUAAAUUGUAACGUUGGUAAUGAAGUGGGUUUGUGAAUCGCCCAAGGUUUCUGCAGUCACCUUCAGGGAAUAAUUUACCCACCUUUGCAGCAUGCAGCUCCACCCCCCCUGUGCUGUGGUGAUGCCCCCUGCCUAGUCUGGGCUCCCCAGCGAUUAAAAGCAUGUUCAGGCCUAGUUGUCCCUGCAGAAAUUUGCUGGCGCCGCUGUGGGUAUUUGGCACUAUAUUGCCCACUGCCCAGAUCAGUAUGUGUGCAGCAGCUGGGUUAUUUCAGUGUGAGCCUUCCAACUAUUUUGAUUUGGAAAGUUGGUGGCGAGAUCCACCUUUUCUUCCUGGUCUUGGUCGAGGUCUGCGGCGUUCGCUGCAAGGGGGGUCAGUAUGGUACAUUACUCCCGGUUGGCUCCAGACUCUUUGGGACGAGGGGGAGGGAGUGAAAACGGCAGCAGGUGGAAGCACAGAAAUGUAGCGCAGCACAGAUCUGACACUAGACUUACUUCAGACACACAGACUGGAGUCAGGUGGUGCAGGGUGAUAUGACAGGAGUUCUACUAAUAACCCCUAAUGAAGUUCUGAUUUACUUUAAGGCAGAUGACAAGAACAGUUAAGACUUUGACACGCAUCUGGUUUAAAAACUUGUAGCAGGCCAAGUCUGCCAUCAGCAAUGUGCUCUUUUUUUCCACUUAAGGUGAGAGGAUUGUGAGUAUUCAGAGUGAUAUAGUGUCCUGGGAAAUGCUAGCUUUUUAGAUUUCGUCUGAAGCUGUCCAUAUGGAUUGGUAUAGUUCAGAACAGUGCAGUUUUUCUCGGUUUAAUAAGACUGGGAUGGAACCUGCUUGCUCAGGAAUCUGAAAGCCAAGACUUGGUUGACAGACCUGGUGCAGAGUUCUAAGCCAGUAAGUAGUGUGUUACCGUAACUGCAGGAUACAUAAACUGUCAAAACGUUGGCAGAGAGCAAAGUAGCUGCAUUACACAGAUGAAUGAAGUGUUUGCAUAGUCAGUUUGUCCCAGUGUCCCAUUCAGUCAGUCAAUAAAGAUAGUCUUAGUGGAGACAGAGUUCUCACCAUGUUGCACAGAGCUAUUCACCCAGCUGUGACUGAGGCCUUGGGAGAUCUCUUGCUGCAGACAUCUUCGGGGUAUCUCACAUGUUUUACCUUACAUCAGUAGCACAAAUGGCACCACUACAGAGUAAAGGGAGCCUCAAACUUAGGAUUGAAGGAAGUGAGAGGUGUACAGGUUCACGAUGUGGGGUUUCCAGUCCACUUUUGUGUCUGGGUAUAGCCUUCAGACUGCUGCAGAACUGCACGGCUCCUGUUUCCAGACCUUUGCAUGCAGCUUGCAUUUCUAAGCUGUCUGUUAAGCACACUUCAGCCCCUUUCACACUGAGUAGCAGACUCUGCUUGGGCCAGACUCAGCCCCGGGUUGAGACGUGGUGUCAUGUGGUUCAGUUAGGCCGCUCUCAACUUAAAGGUCAAUCAAGGAGGAUCAGCCUAUUGGAACAGUUUUUUUUAACCUUAGACUCUCACAUUGAUGUCUUCAAACUGAAUUGCUACCCCAGGUGUUAAAAGUGGGGCUCUGAAGGAAUUAUACAUCACUGUGCUUUGUGAUAAACAUUGUACACAGAAGGAUUUAGAAGUUUAUAUAAAAGCCCAUUGGUAUAUUGCCACAGAAGUGCAACUGAGAACCAUGCAUUCUCUGAUAAGGGCACACCAGUGUAAUGUGAGCAAGAGAGGUUUAAUCUAACAUUUCUAGAAUUAUAGGUUUUCUAGCUCAAAUAUAAUUUUCUUUUUAGUUUUUCAUUUGUGUUGUUUGGUGUCAUGUCUUUUAAAAGAGAAUUCUGGGGGGGGAUGCCUACCAACUGUGUGGAGCUUGCUGUUGUAGAAAACGCAGUGAAUGGAGAGGGGAGCGACAGAAAGUGACAUUUCAGCUAGGGUGUAUAACACAGUCGCACCUGUUGGUGUCAGGCUUUGUAAAAUAAAUUCAAAAUCAUAAAUAGCGAACGGGGAAAGCAGGUUUUAACUGUGAGCCUGCCGCCAUCCUGCUUGCUGAGGUGGGUUGCUGAUGAGCCGGGUCAGCUCUUUUCCAAACCGGGUCAGGGUGACCCAGACAGCUAGAACCAUGCUGUGACCUGGGUCCGGUUGCCAGUGUGAAAAGGGCUUAAGAGGUGUGGUAGCAUAUGAGUGCCUCCACUGUAGUUAUAAUUACUGUACAAAUAGUUUGAAUGGGUGGUGUUUCAGCAAUCUUGUAUAGUACGUACUGUACGAAAAUUCAGCAGCCCUUCUGUUGUAAUGGCCUAUAGCUUAUGCUAGAGCCAUCAUUUCUAACUUUUAAUGAGACUAAGUAACAUCAGAAGUUUGUGCAUUCCUCUUUAACACAGUGGAGGUAUUUUCAUUUUUUUAUUCAAGAAACAGCCAGUCUAUUCAUGUUCUCCUGCAGCCUAAAGGCUACAGUUCUAGAUCAGUAAACAGCAGCAGGAGGGGGUAGCUGCUUUUUAACUUUGGGGUAGGGUUAAAUUACUAAGCCUGCAUGUAGCUUAUAAUGGACUUCUGUCUUUGUCAUACAAGCAAAAAAACUGUUGUGUAAAGAAAUUAUAAAACUGUGUACUACAAUUCCACAGGCCCAUACUAACUGUCCUUAAUUUCUCUCCUACAGCAGUACUGCUAUGCCAGUCCUGUCUGCAUUCUUAUGAGUGCAGCGCAACACAUCCUGUGUAGGUUAUGGUGAACACAAAAAGAUUUUGCCCCCAAGGGAGUGUUCUUAGUUUGUCAGGGCCCGUGGGCUCACUGACUUGGCAUGACAGGGGAUCCUAUACCUCCUUAGCCACAACUUCUCUGUAUUCUCCUACAACUACCAAGGUUAACAUGGUCCAUCAUGGUGGGGCGAUAGUGUGUAUAUACUCAUUCAGCAGACGCAGAUAAGUCCCUUCAGCUGUUUGAUCAUAAAAAUGGUAAUAGUUCAUCUCUUUUAAAUUUCAAGAGUGUUUAAGGGUUUAAAAAAACUUCAAAGACCUAAUGUUAGCUUAACUUUUUUGCAACCUUUUUAUUACCUUUUGUUAGUAAUUGGUGAUGUAUGGCAUCCUGUGUGAACCACUUAAGGACAAGUCUGGGACUCAUAUUUUUCCAACAUUAAACUCGGGAUCUAAAAAGCCCGAAUUUCACCCUGGAGGAUGUGAAGUGAAUAGUUUGCUGGCAGGAUAAAUGAAGAACCCGUUUUCUGCCGCCUCACAAAGGUGGAUAAAAUUGGAGUGAGCUCUUGUCUAGCACUUCGGCUGCGCAGUAGCUGAGCUUGUCGUACUCGGUACAGUCUCAGCAAUGGAGUUUGAGAAAAGGGGAGAUCUCUCGGUCUGCUGGCAGGCUAUUCCAGAGAGGCGGCUGUGUUUCUGCACAUCUGUGGCUGACAUGCAGCGCCACACAGCGCUGUCUCUGCGUAUUUUGUCAUUCCAGCCUUUUGACACCCGACCGUUUCUCUUGCUUCGCUUAUGGAUGGAAAAGUUUUUUUUUUUCUUCAGGCUCCAUUGGUGUAAAAGGAGAGUUGUCCCUCGAGCAGCAGAUGUUGGUCUGCUCUGGUCACAGUGGUUCACACAGGGUGCUUUCCGUCUCCUCUCGCACCCCUGCCGUCCCACUUUUUGGCUGUUAGGGCAGGUCCUUUAAAGACCAGCCUCUGGCUUUUCAGGGCCGUAGGUUUCCUAAGGUUGUCAGAUGGAUAACUGUAACCUUCAGUUUGUCUGCUCUGACUUUUCCAUAUUCAAACCCAUCUCCUUUACUUGGGACCGAUUUUUAGCAUUUGUCUUUGCACGAUUCGUCAUUUUCAGACAAUCGGACAACUUAUAAGCAUGAGCCGUAAUUUUUGUGUCCUUCUCCACAAAAGAAAAAAAGGCCCGGAGUGCAGUUUGAGUAUAGCUGUAGCUAGAUUGGAAUAUGGAAACAAAAAUGGAAUUUCAGUUUCUCAUUAGAUUUUGAAUUUGAAGCUAGGCUAAAAUAAAUUAGAUAUGGUUGUGGUUAAGUGCAAGGAGGGUUUAAAAUUGUUUCAAAAGUUACAUAACAGGUGGUAUGCUGUGUGUUUGAGUUCAAACCCUUUCCAAAGUGUUACUAAUGGUAAAGAGAUAAAUUUUCUAGGCUUCUUUUCUGCCGGUUGAAGUCUGACACUGCAGAAGGACCCUGGCACAGAAAGUGAGGCAAAACGCCCGACCCCAAGCUGCAGGCGCGAACCUACAUGGACGUCAUGAGAGAGCAGCACCUCACGAAGGAGGAGAAAGAGAUCCGCCAGCAGCUGGCAGAGAAAGCCAAGUCGGGGGACCUGAAAGCCGUGAACGGCUCUGCGGCGUCUCAGGCUGCCGCCAAGCGCAAGCGCCGCUGGGAUCAGACGGCUGACCAGACGCCCGGCAGCGCCAGCACCACGCCGAAGAAGGCCUCCAGCUGGGACCAAGCGGACACCGCUUCUGAGACUCCAGGGCACACUCCGUCUCAGAGCCGCUGGGACGAGACCCCCGGCCGGGCCCGGGGCAGCGAGACUCCUGGCGCCACGCCCAGCACGCGCAUGUGGGAGCCCACGCCAAGCCACACGCCCGCGGGAGCCGCCACGCCGGGCCGCGGAGACACGCCAGGGCACGCCACGCCGGGCCACGGAGGGGCCUCCUCUAGCGUGCGCAAAAACCGCUGGGAUGAGACGCCGAAGACCGAGAGAGAGACCCCGGGCCACGGCAGCGGCUGGGCUGAGACCCCCCGCACCGACCGAGGGGGCGACUCCGUGGGGGAGACGCCAACCCCGGGGGCCAGCAAGAGGAAGUCGCGCUGGGAUGAGACGCCUGCCAGCCAAAUGGGCUCCUCCACGCCCCUGCUCACCCCGGGAAAGACCCCCAUUGGGACGCCUGCCAUGAACAUGGCCACCCCUACACCAGGUCACUUGAUGAGCAUGACGCCGGAACAGCUGCAGGCUUGGCGCUGGGAGAGGGAGAUCGACGAGAGGAACAGGCCCCUCACGGACGAGGAGCUGGACGCCAUGUUCCCAGAGGGCUACAAGGUGCUGCCCCCCCCGGCGGGGUACGUCCCGAUCCGAACGCCAGCCCGCAAGCUGACCGCCACGCCCACGCCCAUCGGGGGCAUGACGGGCUUCCACAUGCAGACCGAGGACCGCAGCAUGAAGGCGGUCAACGACCAGCCGUCCGGAAACCUGCCCUUCCUCAAGCCCGACGACAUCCAGUACUUCGACAAGCUGCUGGUGGAGGUAGAUGAGUCAACUCUAAGCCCCGAGGAGCAGAAAGAGCGAAAGAUCAUGAAGCUCUUGCUGAAGAUCAAAAAUGGCACCCCUCCCAUGAGAAAGGCAGCGCUACGUCAGAUCACAGACAAGGCACGGGAGUUUGGCGCUGGGCCUCUGUUCAAUCAGAUCCUGCCUUUGCUCAUGUCCCCUACACUGGAGGACCAGGAGCGCCACCUGCUGGUUAAGGUCAUUGACAGAAUCCUAUACAAGCUGGAUGACCUGGUCAGACCUUAUGUGCACAAGAUCCUGGUGGUGAUUGAGCCCUUGCUGAUUGAUGAAGAUUACUAUGCCAGAGUGGAGGGCAGGGAAAUCAUCUCCAACUUGGCGAAGGCAGCUGGGCUGGCGACGAUGAUCUCCACCAUGCGCCCCGACAUCGACAACAUGGACGAGUACGUGAGAAACACCACGGCCCGCGCCUUCGCCGUCGUGGCCUCGGCGCUCGGCAUCCCCUCCCUCCUGCCUUUCCUCAAGGCUGUCUGCAAGAGCAAGAAGUCGUGGCAGGCGAGGCACACCGGCAUCAAGAUCGUGCAGCAGAUCGCCAUCCUCAUGGGCUGUGCCAUCCUGCCCCAUCUGCGCAGCUUGGUGGAGAUCAUUGAGCACGGUCUGGUAGACGAGCAGCAGAAAGUGCGCACCAUCAGCGCCCUGGCCAUCGCGGCUCUGGCUGAGGCCGCCACCCCCUACGGCAUCGAGUCCUUCGACUCCGUGCUCAAGCCCCUGUGGAAGGGCAUCCGACAGCACAGAGGCAAGGGUCUGGCUGCUUUCCUGAAGGCUAUUGGAUACCUCAUCCCUCUGAUGGAUGCCGAGUACGCCAAUUACUACACCCGUGAGGUCAUGCUGAUCCUCAUUCGAGAGUUCCAGUCCCCCGACGAAGAGAUGAAAAAGAUUGUGCUCAAGGUGGUGAAGCAGUGCUGUGGCACAGAUGGUGUGGAGGCUAACUACAUCAAGACGGAGAUCCUGCCCCCUUUCUUCAAGCACUUCUGGCAGCAUAGGAUGGCCCUGGACAGGCGGAACUACAGACAGCUGGUCGACACGACAGUGGAGCUGGCGAACAAGGUGGGGGCCGCAGAGAUCAUCUCGCGCAUCGUGGACGACCUGAAGGAUGAGGCAGAGCAGUACCGCAAGAUGGUGAUGGAGACCAUCGAGAAGAUCAUGGGCAACCUGGGGGCCGCCGACAUCGACCACAAGCUGGAGGAGCAGCUCAUCGACGGCAUCCUUUACGCCUUCCAGGAGCAGACCACUGAGGACUCGGUGAUGCUGAACGGGUUUGGCACAGUGGUGAACGCCCUGGGCAAGAGGGUGAAACCAUACCUGCCUCAGAUCUGCGGUACGGUCCUCUGGCGACUCAACAACAAAUCCGCCAAAGUCCGCCAGCAGGCCGCUGAUCUCAUUUCCCGCACGGCUGUCGUCAUGAAGACCUGCCAAGAGGAAAAGCUGAUGGGUCAUCUUGGUGUAGUGCUGUAUGAAUAUCUGGGAGAGGAGUACCCAGAAGUCCUGGGAAGCAUCUUGGGAGCACUCAAGGCCAUUGUCAACGUCAUUGGAAUGCACAAGAUGACCCCUCCCAUCAAAGACCUGCUGCCCCGCCUGACGCCCAUCCUGAAGAACCGGCACGAGAAGGUGCAGGAAAACUGCAUCGACCUGGUGGGCAGGAUUGCGGACAGGGGAGCGGAGUACGUGUCGGCCAGGGAGUGGAUGAGGAUCUGCUUUGAGCUGCUGGAGCUGCUGAAGGCUCACAAGAAGGCCAUCCGCCGAGCCACUGUCAACACCUUCGGUUACAUCGCCAAGGCUAUCGGCCCCCACGACGUGCUGGCCACGCUGCUGAACAACCUGAAGGUCCAGGAGCGGCAGAACCGCGUGUGCACGACGGUGGCCAUCGCCAUCGUGGCCGAGACCUGCUCGCCCUUCACGGUGCUGCCGGCGCUGAUGAACGAGUACCGCGUGCCCGAGCUCAACGUGCAGAACGGCGUGCUCAAGUCCCUCUCCUUCCUGUUCGAGUACAUCGGCGAGAUGGGCAAGGACUACAUCUAUGCCGUCACCCCGCUGUUGGAGGACGCACUGAUGGACAGGGACCUGGUGCACAGGCAGACGGCGAGCGCCGUGGUGCAGCACAUGUCCCUGGGCGUCUACGGCUUCGGCUGCGAGGACUCCCUCAACCACCUGCUCAACUACGUCUGGCCCAACGUGUUCGAGACCUCGCCGCACGUCAUCCAGGCCGUGAUGGGGGCACUGGAGGGGCUGCGCGUCGCCAUCGGCCCCUGCCGCAUGCUGCAGUACUGCCUGCAGGGUCUGUUCCACCCGGCCAGGAAGGUGCGGGACGUCUACUGGAAGAUCUACAAUUCCAUCUACAUCGGCUCUCAGGAUGCGCUGAUCGCGCACUACCCCCGCAUCUACAACGACGAGAAGAACACCUACAUUCGCUUCGAGCUCGAGUACUUCCUGUAGCCCCCCCACCCCGCCCCCAUCUAUCCGUUCCCCCCCAUGCAGAAUUCCCAACUUUUAUUCCCGAUGUCUUUCCAUGUGUCCGAUUUGAUUGGUCCUUCACUUGGCCAGGGUGGUGGCCACCCAGAGCCGUUUUUAAAAAAAGUGGAAAAAAGCAAAAAAAUAAUUUAAAGGGGUCUAGAACCUGUAGUUUUUUUUUUUUAACGGAUCACUAGAGGGCUUAGGCACCACCGCUGUGAAAGGCGUCGGUGAGAAACUCUAUGAUCAUGACUUAUUUUUUCUGUGGAUCAGCUGUUUGAGAUAUUCCAUUUUUUUUUGUUCUUAAUGGGAUGUUCUUUAUUUGGCAGAAUAAACAUUUGUGUAUAAAAGA